CUGCAUCCCAUUAGAGGCUCAACAUCGACUGAAGUUGUCAUCCUUUCUGCGGAUGGGAAGGAGUGUUCAAAAGUUAAUGGACCACACGUUAACCAAUGGGUAUGGGAAUACAUUUUAGGAGUCAAAACGGCCGUGAGGCGUGCACUUGAUCUCAUCGACUCGGCAUUGAAUAAAGCAAAGCUACCUCUCAGUACCAAAUUUAUUUCAAUCGAUACGUUGUUUUCAUCAUCAUGCCUACAUCCCGCCACAUUAAUGUUGCUUGGUUUUUAUAUUUCGCUAGGUGGAAUUGUGCUCAUAGCAGGAACAGGUUCAAAUUGCAAGCUUAUUUAUGAGGACCUUUCAUCUUAUGGUGUUGGAGGCUACGGUCACAUGCUCGGUGACGAGGGCUCUGCUUUCUGGAUUGUUCACCGUGCAAUCAAAACCUAUUUGGAUAAUGAUGAAGGGCUUGUUCUAACACUGCAUGAUACCUCUUUAGUCAAGAGGGCGAUCUUUGACUACUUCAGUCUACAAAAUAAUGUUGACCUUCUUGAACCGCACUACCAUUUCGAGAAGAGUUACUACUCUGGGUUGUGCAAAAAAUUAGCAGAGUUGGCUCGCUCUGGAGACGCCUUGUGCCAACACAUUUUCUACAAGGCGGGAUUCUUUCUGGGUGCGCACGUUAUGGCCGUUCUUCAAAAGGCAGAUCCUGAGUGGAGAAUGAAACCUGAAGGCGUCACCGUUGUUUGCAGAGGAGGUGUAUUUCGUAGUUGGGAUCUUCUUGAAUGUGGUGGGUUACCAAAGAAUCCAUAUAUUUAUACAGAAUCGGCAACAAAACUCAGUUCCGCAAGUUUCCAUCUCUCUUCAGGAUUCCGGGAUCGCGUAUUGCCAGAUUUAAAGACCAAGGGGGUCGUCAAUUCUCUCCGUCUUACGUUACUCACAUCCUCGGUAGCUGUUGGAGCGGCACUGCUUGCAGCCCACGUUAAAUUGCAUCUCAGUAUUCCUCGAAAUCAAACGCAACAUCUUCUGGCCGAAUUUCACUCUUAA